GACGUAGUCAUGUGACCCGGUUGGCAGAACGUCAUACCAGGAAGUGCAGAAGGCUCUAAUUACAAUGUUGGUAUGGAUGUUCAGUUUUCAAUUGAUGGUAUUUUCUACAUGUACAGUAACGCCAGCUGAACAAUGAUACAGCUCACUUGUCCUCUGCGGAAACAGAAGUUUUUUUUCCCCGUAUCCAAGAAGCUAACUGUUACAAUAAUGACCGUAAGUUAAAGUUCUAGAAAAAAAAUGGUCCGUGAUAUUCUUGUAGCUAGUUUACUGUAGGGUUAGAAUAGUUAAACAUUAUUCCAUGUUCCCUAUUUAUAUUAAAGUGGAGUCCCACACAGAAACUGUUGAUGUUUACAUAGAAACCAUUGACUAUUUCGAUUUUGGAGUCACCCUUUACUAAUGAUUUUGCAGUGUUGUAGUAUAAACACAGGCACAUAUGGACAAAUACACCCCCUGGAGUGAGAUAACAGCCAUUUAACAUUAUGGCCAUGAUAACCUUUGGAGCAAGAGCAGUCCUCCUCCACCUGAGGUAUACUUUUCAGCGAGCAGGCUUCAUUACCAGAGUCAGAUUCAUCCAGAACUCCAGGACAUGUUUUGUUAAAAGAGGACAGAUUUUAACUCAGAUACCUAAGGUGACACUGCUGUGUUGGGGUGCAGUCAGUUCAUUCUGUGUAGCUGGAUGCCAGGAAGCAACCCUUGCGCCCAAGGCUGCUGACAGAAAAUCUCUGGCCAAAGUCCAGGUGCACAAAGUUGUGUUUUUUCUUCGCUUGAGCUUCCGCGCAUUGGUUCUACUUCUGAAAUUUGGCCCCCUUCUCCUCCUCUCCCCCUUGGCUCUGGUGUCUACCCGCUGGGCCUCUCAUUGGCUGGACGCUCUGCUUUGGGUGACUGAGACCUCUGGUCCAACUUUCAUCAAGCUAGGACAGUGGGCCAGCACAAGACGGGACAUCUUCUCUGUGGAGUUUUGUGAUCGCUUCUCCAGACUCCAUGUCAAGGUUCGCCCUCACUCUUGGACCCACACUAAGCAAUGUCUCCGGAGGGCCUUCGGGGAGGGCUGGAGGAAAGUUUUUGUGUUUGAGAGCAAAGAGCCGGUGGGUUCGGGAUGUGUGGCCCAGGUGUACCGAGGUUGGGCCAGGGCGGAUGAGGUGGGAGAGCCAUCCUUUCAGUUGCUGAUGGAGGAAAGGGAGAAAGAAGACUUGCUGGAAGCGUGGGAGAUCCUUGGUCUUAGAGGAGUGGCCAGCUCCCUGUGGCAACUCUGGAGGGGCAGCAGGGAGGUGGAGGGCUAUGAGGAGAUGAGUCAGCCAGGAGAGAGCAGCACAGAGAAGAAGCAUCUGAUACCAGUGGCUAUCAAGGUGGUCCAUCCAGGCAUCAGGAGGCAGGUGGAGAUAGACUUAUUGCUGAUGAAAGCAGGCAGUUGGCUCCUCAACUGCAUACCUGGACUCAAAUGGCUCAGUCUGUAUGAGAUAGUAGAGGAGUUUGAGAAGCUCAUGACCAAACAGAUUGAUCUCCGUUUUGAGGCCAGAAACAUCGAACAUUUCCGGGAUAAUUUCCGCGAUGUGGAUUAUGUUAAGUUCCCAACUCCAUUACGACCGUUUGUCACCAGGACCAUUUUAGUGGAAACUUUUGAAGAGAGUGAACCCAUUUCUAACUAUCUGAGCGCUGAGACGUCUCCAGAGGUGAAGCAGAGAAUAGCCAGGAUGGGUGUAGAUACCCUGUUGAAAAUGGUUUUUGUGGACAACUUUGUCCAUGGGGACCUCCAUCCUGGGAACAUCCUUGUCCAGCUUCGGCAACCUGGUUUCAGUGCCAGCACAGGGAAACCCCAGGGUAAGACCACCCUCACUGACUUGUGGGACACAGUGGUGGUUAGUGUCAGACCAGAGCCAUGUCCUCUCCAGUUGGUGCUGCUUGACGCCGGCAUUGUAGCCCAGCUCAGCAAACAAGACCUUGCCAACUUCAAGGCUGUCUUCACAGCUGUGGUGCUGCGGCAGGGCGAACGAGUAGCAGAGUUGAUUUUGCAUCAUGCCCGAGCUAAUGAGUGCCAGGACGUGCCACAGUUUAAGAAGGAGAUGGCCCAGCUGGUGGAACAUGCAGUCAGCAACACCCUCUCUCUGGGAAAGAUCCAAGUGGCUGACCUGCUCUCCAGAGUCUUUGGCCUACUCAUCAAACACAAGGUGAAGUUGGAGAGUAAUUUUGCCUCCAUUGUAUUUGCCAUCAUGGUGUUGGAAGGUCUGGGCAGGUCACUUGAUCCAAACUUGGAUAUCCUGGAUUUGGCCAAACCCCUGCUGCUAAAGAACUCUGUGUCAGCGCUCUGAAACACAAAUACAUAUACACAGUGCAAGUACAACAGGUGGACACACAGGUACCGAGCCCUAUAAAAUGUAUAAAUAUACUGUAGUACAUCUAUAGGCACACAUGUAUAUCCUCCUAAUGCCAUGAUGGUUGUUGUCUUCAAGCUUACAAUGCAAGUUUCCACUGUGGAUCACAAUCUAUGUCAUUUGAGCAGCACUGAUGCUGUAGAUACCUCAUUGAGUUUUACAUUGGUGGGUAUUUCCCCCUCCAUCGCUCUAAAUGUCUGGUUGAAGUAUGAACACUUGAAUAACUGAAAUAAACUUAAAAGCACUUCUAACAGAGCAUAAUGAAUAAGACUGUGUAUGGUUUACUUGAGGUACUACUUGUAGUUUGAGUGCUAAUGGAUGGGGCAAACACAUUAGCUGACACAGAUGGUAUCAGAGACCAUUUGUAGUGAUUUAAAAUACAAAUCAAAAUGCUGCAAAAAUCGCUAGUCGAUAUUCAAAAGCAUAUUUUUACUUUUUAGUGAUUAAUGUUGAUCUCAGGAUGUCUUACCGCUAUCUUUUACUGCACUGUAGACAAUGUUGUCUAUUGUUUUGCUUCAGUGUGACACAAUGUACUGUAACAUUUGUUCUCACAUUGACAGUGUGAGCCUCAUGACUCUACUGUAAAUAUACUCACAUCUGACCCGUGUCUUUUAACUUUCCAUUAAAAUAGUGUGAACAUUUGUAUGAAUUAUAUACAUAUCAAUAAAAGGG